AUGGAGUCUCCUCGUCGCAGAGAUAGUUUUUCAACUCGACGCAGAGACGAUGAAAGGCGACUUGAAGACUUUCCCCGUCGUAGUGAAUUGGAAUCUGAUCAUCAGGAUCGAUAUCGAAGGUCUGCCGAUCAAGAGGGAAGAAAUUUGCGACCGAAAAGAAAUGAAGAGCAGGAUGUCUCGAUGGAGUCUGAAGAUGUUGGGAGGCUUGAAAGCUCAAGAGAUCAUCGCACUAGUGAAAGAAGUUCAAGAAGUGGAAGGCAGAGAAGUCUGUCCCAAGAUGGAAGACGGGGAAGUCGUUCAAGAGAUGGAAGACAAAGAAGUCGUUCGAGGGAUCGAAGACUGCGACGAAGGCAGAGAAGUCGUUCAAUAAAUGAACGACGACCCACAAGUCAAUUAAAUGGCCAAACAGGAAAAGGUCGAAGCGAAAGUGAAGAGGAAGAGGGUCAAAUUGAUCAGAAGUGA